AUGUGGAAGCCAAACCGAACUCCCGUCCGCACGCAGGACGCACCUCUGCCGCCGUCCUUCCUCUCCCAGGCCAUCGUGGCCGGCUCGCAAGUCUACUGCUCGGGACAGGUGGGAGUGAGUCCCAGCACGGGAAAGAUGGUCGAGGGACCCAUCCAGGAGCGAACGAAACAAAUCCUCCGCAACCUCAGCGCCGUCCUCACCGCGGGUGGUUCGAGUCUCCAGGACGUGGUGAAGGUGAACAUCUUCCUGGCCGACAUGGGGGAUUUUGCAGCAGUGAACGAAGUCUACGAGACGUUUUUCCAGGAUCCCAAGCCGGCGCGGACGUGUGUGGCUGUCAAGACGUUGCCGUUGGGAACGGAUGUUGAGAUUGAGUGUACGGGCCUGGUGACGAAGAGAACUGCAGGGAGUUCUCGUCUCUGA